GGCACAAAUGGACGUCAUGAUGCCCAUUGUGUGUCUGCCAGCGUCCUUUUGAGGCUUCAGUAGGCAGGGCAGAGCACCAGAGGACGCCAGCGGCAGCCAUGGUGAAGAGGGUGCUGGUGAGAGCUGUGGGAGGCUACGAGGCACUGCAGUACGCAUGCGUAGUGGACAGAAGAGCGACUUAUUUCCGCGAGGAGGUAUUUCUCACAACACCGCCGCUAGAAGAAGAAGAGGAGCCAGUCCGGAGGGAGCGGCAAACGGAGCCUCAAAUCCCUUCCUUUAUUUACAUUUGUCGUGGUUGCCAAGGUUACAGGGGAGUUUUUGAUUGACUCGGCCAGAAGUACCAUCAGCUGUGUCCCCCGAGGCAGUGGAGGUGUAGUGGUGGUGUCCCGGGCAAGCCGCGCCAGAUUCGACCAGCCACUCAGCCCCCGCCACACUCCUUUACCUCGUUGAGCCAUCGGCCAGCCACGGGUCAGAAGGCAGCCCAAGUCGUGACACAGCGCCGUACUUUAGCUUGAGUGCGAGUCAGGCAAUGACCCGCCAAGGCGUCACCACCUACGGGGCCGCAGUGCACCAGUGAGGACAGGUCCAGCACUCCCCCUCCCCCGCCUCCGCCCCCUCACCAUGCUGUAUCUGGAGGACUUUCUUGAGGUGAUCGAGCAGAUCCCUCAGGAGAUUCGGGACCGCACAACAGAUCUGCGUGAACUGGACCUUGGCAUCCAGAACACUUCAGACCAGCUGGAGGAGCAGAUCAAGACCUUCUUCAGCAAUGCCAGGAAGAUGAAGCCCCAAGAGAGGGAUGCCGAGUACGAGAAGAUCCGCAAGGAGUACUAUCGACUGCUGGACGAUGCUGACGAGAAGGUUAGCAUUGCCACCAACAUGCAUGACCUCCUUGAGCGCUACGUCAGGAAGCUGGACCAGGAGCUGGAAAAGUUCAAGUGUGAGCUGGAGGCUGAUAGCCCUGGGGUGACUGAGGUGCUGGAGAAGCGGUCGUUGGAACUGGACGAGCCCAUCAGGGACAGCCAGAAGGAGAAUCGCUGUUAUGUAACUGCCAAUUCAUCAUCCUCUGCAUCUUCUCGCACCUCAGACCGCCGGCAAUCCUCAGCUGCUGCUGCUGCGGCUGCUGCAGCUGCUGCUGCUGCUGCUGCAACAGCACCAAUCAAAAAGGAAGAAAGAAUGGAGCCAGCUGGUCUUCCUGCAAUGUCUGUCUCCCCUCCCCCUCCUUCUUCUGCCAUAUCAUACACUCUGGGCCACAUGGGGGCAGGAAGCAAUGCUAUAGCUGCUGCUGCCUCCCAGGCUAUUGCUGCCACCCAGCAGAUGCAGCAGGGUCGCCGCACUGCCAGUCUCAAGGCCUCCUAUGAUGCCAUCACCUCUGGGGUCCAGCCCUCUGACUUCUCCAUUGGUAGUGAGCUAGCCAAUGCAGCCCAGACAGCCCUGGCUGCCUCUGCUCUGCCACAGGAGGCUGCCACCACCACUUCUGGGACCACAGGCAGCUCUUCAGGUUCCAGUAAUAAGAAACAGAAGAAGAAGCAUGGGUCAGUGAGCAGCUUGGCGGCAGCGCCACCCCAGGAAGCUUCACCUGCCCCCUCAGAGGACCCUCUGCAGGAUUCGUUAAUGGACCCCAGUGCAGAAAACCCAGACUGGACCUAUGAUCCCAAUGAGCCAAGGUACUGCGUGUGUAAUCAAGUGUCUUAUGGUGACAUGGUAGCGUGUGACAACCCCAAGUGUCCUGUGGAAUGGUUCCAUUAUCCAUGUGUUGGCAUCACUGCUCCUCCCAAAGGAAAGUGGUACUGCCCUCAGUGUGCUGCUGCCAUGAACCGCCGGGCAAGGAAAUAAGGCAGGGGCAGCGAAAACAACUGAGGGACUGUAUGACCUUCAAUUACAAUUUGUGUAGGACUUGAGGAAUGUGUACAUAGAGUACUUUUGUACCUGGGAUGUGUAUGUAGGUGGUUAAUAUACUAAGUUAUGAGGAAUUCUGGAUUUUGAAAUUUUAGGUACUGAGGACUGAAAGGGAUUCCACUUAAUAUUAUUAUUUGAGUAAUUUGAAAUAUGUGCUACUUUAUACCUACUAUGGUUGAGGUGCUAAAGGGGUGGGUUAUUAUUAAAAUUAGUGGACCCUUUCUAUUUAGAAUCUUUUUCUAUACAUUUCAUUUUAUCAUCUGCUGGAAGGAUUAUUAUACACAUCAUAGAGUAUUAUAGUAAUAAGAGGUUUUAUAGCUGCAAUUUUUUAAAUGUUGAAAAUUGUUUUGCCUAUUUGUGUAAAGAGAGGUUUAUAUUUUAUUUGGGUCCUGGAAUACUUACUAGUCUUUUAUAUUACAGGAAAUUAUUAUAUAUGAAAAUUAUAUGACCAAAAUUAUACCAGAAAUUCAUCGUGAAAUUUAGGCUCUUCAAUAAGCUUACCUUUUAAUGUAAUUAAACAUAAUUGGUAUAAGAUUAUUGUUGAUUUUUGCAAAGACUAUUACAAAUCAGUGUAGCUGUAAAAAAUAUAUAUCAUAAAUUUCA